AUGUCGAGAUCGAUUACAAGCUUCGCGACAAAGCUUGUGGUUGAUUUCACUUGCGAGCCUAAUGUCCGCAAACAGCGAGAGGCCGAGCUGACCGCCGCCUUGAAAGAGUUUGCUAUGAUGUACCAGAAGCACACCUCGAACAGUGUCAAUGGUGCAUAUUGGCAUGUCCAAAUGGUCAAGGUACUCAAGGACAACAUGAGCGCCGUCAAUGCCAACAUCACCGCCAACGGCAACAACGCUGUCAUCUCUGCCAAUGUCGACAGUACUGCUUUGGUCAGGGCCAACAACGCUGUCAACGCUGUCAACACCGCCAUGGUCAAUAGCACUGCCUUGGUCCCUGCCAACAACGCUGCCAACGCUGUCAACGCCAACAGCACCGCCUUGGUCCCUGCCAACAACAUCACCAUGGCCCCUGUUCCUGUCCCCGCCCCUUUCAACAGCACCGUCUUGGUCCCUGCCAACACCACCAACAUGAACCCCGUCGCCAUCAACAGCAUGAACAACACCAACAAGCGCCCUGCCAAUGAUCAAGACAGCGCCAACAAGCGCUCCAAGACCGAGACCGACGACGUCCCCGGAACCACGACCACCUUCAACAUCGACACCAACGGCCCUUCCACUACCCGCUUUCACACUGUCGGUUAUAUGGCCGAGUUCAUGUUAGUCGGUUCGGGUUCCGUUCAGGUCCAUUCUACCGGUGCUCCCGCUUUCGUUCAGCCUGCUUUCGUUCAGCAGCCUGCCUCUGCCGCUCUCGCCGCUCGUGCUCCCGCUCGUGCUAUCGCUGCUACGAACAACACUGGUGCUGGUGGUAGUACCAAGGGCAAGGGUAAGGGUAAGGGCGAGGGUGAUGAUAGUCCUAGCCAACUUUGGCAUUGGGAUGUGCCUAACCCGAUGGUUGCAUUAGGAGGUAAUGAGGGAUUGUGGUAUUGGCAGUGA